AUGGCUCCAGUCAGGCGGGCUCCCUAUAAGGACUUUCUCCAGCCUGCGCUGCAUCGGCGCUUCACAAGCACUGCGACCAUCCUUCUGGCCAUCGCCUUCGUCGAGUCUGUCGUCCUCGCCAGUUGGGACUCCCUCUUCUGGGCGGUCUUCCCAGUUGGGCCAACCGGCAUACGAGCCUUCUUCAUCUUCCUCUGCGGCCUGGCGAUCCUCGUCCUCCGAAUCGCACAAUACCAUGUCGGCCUCCGUACCUCCAACUCCGGCCUGCAGACCUUCGUCAAAUGCGCUGUGACUCCUCAGACCCUGGAAGCAGUCGUCUCAUACACACUGUCAUCAUGGCUCUUCAGCCAAAUUUACCUGCGGUCGGCGACGGAGGAUCUCGCAUGGGUGUCAGUUCAGCCAGGCGUGGGCGGCAGGGUGCGAUUGAACGAGAAGCCCAUCUUCUUUACAGUUCACUUCCUGGUCCUGGGCGUCGUACACGGCGCCCUGCACAUCGUCCGCGAUGACGACCGGUUGAGCCUCGGCGCAGCGAGGCUGCGGGCCCACGAUGCCCCUGCAGCAGAACCGCCGCGGCCCUGGUCCACACGGCUGAUGAGCGAGGUUCCCCUCCUGGCCCACCGCGCUCUCAUCCAGACGCUGGCCGUGCUCGCCUUGAACAUUGUCUUCUACCAUGCUGUCCUGCGGAGCUUAGCCUGGAGGGUUGCGCUGGUCUUCUUCCGCCCCUUCUACACCAUGCCGAAGACCAACUUAGCUCCGACAACAUACGGUGGUAUAAGCUUUCCAUUAUGGGUCAAGUGUUCCGGCGCUAGCUUUAUGUUGCUGUUCUUGUGGCUGGCGGGCAACAGGAUGUUCUCAAUGUUCCUUGUCAGGCCACCAUUGAAGAACGGAAACCCUCUCACGUCGGAGUCGAAGGACCCGAACGGGAGUCUUUUGAACGGGUUGAAAAGCAAGAAGCUGCCUAUCAAGUGUUUCGCGACGUGGGAACUGGCACUGAUUGCCAGGGACUUCCAACCGCGGCGCCAGGCUAUCUAUCAGGACAUUGACAGGAAAGACGGCCCAAUGUGGUCGCAAGUUUACACACUAUGUCUCCAGGCAGUGAAAGACGUGGAGUCGAGGAUCGACGAGUAUACCAAAGCUGCUGCCGCCGCUACAGCUACCGCCGCGAAAGCAGGCAGCAGCGAGAAGGCGCUGGUCCAGACGCCGACUAAGACCUUCCGAGACGAGUUGGGCGACUUGGCCAAGAAAAAGAUCGUGUCGCCAGGCCAGCCUUCUCGGCUAAGUCCAUUGGUGCAGAAGGGGGUAACCCAUGCGAAAGACUACGUGGAGGAUAUUGCCAGGCAGGCGACUGGCUCGGACGCCGACGACAACCCAUUCCAGUACUGGACCAGACAAGUCCUGGCCUCACCACUCGGUCGGCCAUUCACGCAAAGCUUCUCGCAAAGAAUCACGACUGUGGUCCUAGAAGGACCCUACGGAGAGCCUGCACACGCGAUCAACGCCAUAUCGGCACUGACGAGGCUGGCGGUGCUGAGCCUGGCAGAGGACAGCUACGGAAACGUCCAGCGGGACGUGGCGUCCAUCAUCCGGACGUUCACGGCGGUUAAAACGAAGCUGGACGCGUUCAAGGCGGAUUUCCCGUUGCACUGGACGGACCACGAUACAGCGAGGGAGUGCAAGGAAGUGGAUGCGAUUCUGGAGACACUCAGGGAGGGGCUCGUGCAACUUGUGACGGCAUUUGGCCCAUAUGCGAGGGACCUCAGGUUGACCUUUGCGGACAGUUGA